AUGGUGUUGUGUGAAAGACUGAGUCAGUGGUUCAAACCGUACCGAGAACAAGCUGGAGCACAGAGGAAGCGAGAUUGUUUAGAACACAUUGUGACCCUUCGCCUGUUAACGGAUAUGGCUCGCAGGAAAAAAAUUAACUUUGUAACAUUCAUUGACUUUUCUAAAGCCUAUGAUUUAGUACCAAGAGAUGUUUUAUUUAAGGUAAUGAAAAGGCUUGGAUGUGGGCGGGUGAUGCUAGCGGCUUUGUUAGCAAUGUACCGGGUAACAGAGAGUGUGAUUGGAACAGUGUCUGGACCACCACAAGAUUAUCUACUCCCUAAACUUCCCCAUCAAGAAACCUCUCAACACCGUGCCACCGGCUCCCCCCCUUGCAUCACCCACACCACACCCACAUCCACCACCAUCACCUCCACAACCACGACUACAAGAAUCCCGCGGAGAACGCAUACUCCGCAGUGCCCAUGCGCAGCAGCAGGACUCAACAAGGAUGUGUCGCGGCUCUCGCUGGCUGACCGCCUCGAGAAGGACAUUGAGCCCCCGCCCAGCGCCUGCGUCACGCCCACCUCGGACUCCAGCGCCCCAUGCAAGGUGUUCCGGAAUUCUUUCCUGCCGCGCACAUACAGCCACAGAGGAGUUAUGGGUGGCAGGAGGUUGAUGAAAUGUGUGGUGGUGUCACAAGUGAAGCACAGUGAGCGUUCCUGCAGGGUGAAGCAAUGAUGAGACAAGCGUCACCAGUCAGCGAGGCCGAAAUCAAGCGACCGCCGGCAGAGAGGAGUCUUCUCCUGGACGUUUGAAGAGUACCACCUUCUUGAAGCACAGAGCACAGACAGCGCUGGAAACUGGACUACUACAGUUUGAGCAGAGUCCAACAUCUGUGUAUCUGCACCAGAAUCAAGUGUCCAGGGAGGAAAUGAUACGUCUGCAGAGAUGUGCCAGGAGGAGGGACUCUUGGAACAGGCCUUCACACAACAGGGAUUGGG